AUGGGACUUUGUGCAACUGCCAAGGUUAUUACUGGAAGUGAUCGAUAUACUUGGCCAAAGCUAUUACAACCUGGUGAUCGAGAAUGGGUAACUGCAAUUGAGGCAGUUAACUCAACAGGAUGGGCUUUACCUUCAUAUAUUAUCUUUAAGGCAAAGAAAUAUAUGUGGUUAGGCUGGUUUGAGGAUCUUCCAGCUAACUGGAUAAUCAAUAUCAGUGAUAAUGGAUGGACAACAGAUAAGAUUGGAUUAGAAUGGCUUAAACUCCAUUUUAUUCCUCUUACAAAUGACCGGUCAAUUGGAAAGUAUCAGAUGCUAAUUCUUGAUGGCCAUAGAAGUCAUCUAACAGCUGAAUUUGACUGCAUAUGCACUAAGAAUAAUAUUAGUCCACCUCUUGAUGUUGGCUAUUUUGCUAUUUUAAAGCGAUAUUAUGGACAACUUGUUGAGCAGCGGAUGAGGCUUGGGUUCAAUCAUAUUGACAAAUUUGACUUUCUCACUGCAUUUCCAAAGGCUCGUACGAUGGCAUAUAAAGCUCAAAAUAUUUGGAAUAGCUUUGCAGCUACUGGAUUAGUACCAUUUAAUCCAGAUCGAGUCUAUCAACAGCUUACUGUCCAAUUGAAGACCCCAACACCUCCUCCAAGUCGAUCAAGCGAUACACAGCCAUCUUGCUUACAAACACCUCAGAAUGCACGUCAAUUCAAGCGUCAAAUGACUACAAUUGGAAAACAAAUAAGCCAGCAUACAGAAAAUUCAUCUGAGGUUUUUUAUAAAGCAAUUACACAGGCAUCAAAAGCUUAUGAAACAACCAUGAAUGAUCUCUUACUCUCCCGGAAAGAAAAUCAUGAUUUACGGACUGCACAUGAAAAAGAGAAACAGAAACGUCAAAAAUCUAAGAAGCAAGUAUCUAAUGAGCAAGGAAUUAGUACGGAGGAGGCUCAGGUGCUUAUACAAGAUCAGAUUGAGGCAUCUCAAGCUGUUACUACUGUUCCGGCCGAGCCUGAGCUUCCAGUCUCUCAUCCACCUGUACGGUGUCAAUUUCGCUGCAGUGGCUGUGGCAUUAAAGAAAGAGGCUGA